AUGUCCCGCCGACAUCUGCUUUCGCUGACGGGUCUGGGACGCCUGGGCCGGCUGCUGCUGACGAUGUUGCUGGCCAACCCCACGCUGCGCCACGACCUCAGCACCGACGCCCUCUGCCAUGUCGACGGCCGCUUCGCUCCCAAACAUGCCAAGCGGACGCCGACGCUGUUCCUGAUGCCCAACAAGAAACCCCAGCCUUAUUGUUUUCCUAAUGGCGAAGUGUUUCGCCCGAGAAACCAGCCCCAUAAACGCCAACGACCGGGUAAAGUGCCCCGAGCCAACCUGAUGACAAAUGUACCUCUGGCUGGUCACCACCAUCAUCAAAAUCAUCACCAGAUUAAUAAUCACUAUUCCCACCAUCUGGGGUACUCGCUGACUCCAGGCUCCUCCACACGGCUACCGCGCAACAACUCGUUCCUGCUGGCGAACACCUCAUUUCUGCUGGCGAACACCACGUUUACCUCGAGAGAUAACUUGAUCAAAAGCAUCCGCCUCCAGCGCAGCGACACCUACACCAACUUGGCCCCCGACCAAACGGGAGGCAUGGCUAUUGGUGGCAGCUUCCAGCACCCACCCCCGUUAGCGAAACUGGCGCUGGUGCCCCGCAUGCAACCGACCAAUAUCCUCCGCAUCGAAAGCUCGGACUCAAUCGUCCAGAUGUCUCACAUGCUGCCGCUGCUCCAGCUGUUACCUGAAGGGCUGUCGAUGCGCUACUCGCUGGCGCUGGUGCUGCUGGUGGAGGACCAUCUGCCGGCGCUGAGCCACCUGCUCUCAAUGAGACUGAACUCUAAUACUCCCCUGACGUCGAUCGAUGGUGUUGAAGUGACCAAAGAGCUGGAACCGUUGUGUCCUUUACCUGAACACAAAGAGCCGUCGCUUGACCUUAGCCGCGAUGCUAGACCUCACCUCCCCUAUACGGUGCCUGCCACCGAUGCCACGGCUAAUACCACCAUCGAUAACACUUUUGUCGAUGCGUUGGAGAGCAUUCCGCUGCACACGAUGGCGCUGCAGUCGCUGGUGGUGCUGGACGUCUGGCUGGAAGGCGAGGAAGUAUCGGUGGUGCUGUCGCCUCACUCGACCACCGAUACCGAUAAACAGGCCACUACUCCCUCCACGCCGACGUUCGCGGCCCAGUUUGCCGCCCAUCCGCCUCCGGUGCCGCAAUCACACCCGCAGUUGCCACCGCUGCCUCGUUCACCUGACGCCGCUAAAUUCCACUCGUUGCUUACUUCAAAGGCUAGUCAAGUAUUUGAAAAGGAUUUGUCGUCAUCCGAAGACGCCGAACAAAAGAUUAUUGAUGCUCUCCAGAAUGAUACCACAGUACCGCCGCGGGGUGAUUUGGCCUUGUACCUGAAGCUGAUGCAGUCGUUAGUGAGUUUUGAUACUUUUGAUGACGCUGCCCCUAAAGAAGCGUUAGCGCCGCAAACAUCAGUAUCAGCACCGGUACCGGCAGCAGUACCGAUUGCGGAACAGCCUACGUCUCUGAAUGAUUCCGCUGAUGAGUCUAACAAGAAUGCUGGACAUUCCCAGGCUCAACCGGAACCGGAGCCCAAGUCACCGCCUUCAAAGGCUAACAUGCCUCGCUCACGACUGCUGUGGGGGCUUAACUUACUGGGUAAGCUGGGUAAGCAAUUAUCUCGCCUGAGUUCAAAGUCUAAUUUGCGGUCAAUGUUUCGCAAGAUCUUUAGAAAAAGUUCUGAUAAGGAGGCGAUUAGCGAGGAUCCACAGCCUUCGCCGCCAGCUCCUCAAACUCCGGUUCAGUCUCGGGUAAAACCGCAACCCACACCUAAUGCUACCCAGCCUCAACAACCAUCACCCGCGCAAACGCCAUCUCGUGGUAAGCGGACGGUGGAGGUGGAACCUCCCAUCAAGCCGGAGCUGUUAACGUUAACUCGGUUACCUCUGCUUGAGCCUCAGAUCAGCGGCAUGGAUGAUGUGCUUCGCGAUAUCGAUGAGUACGGCUCGCUCCAACGCAAUAAGCUGGUGAGACUGGUGCUGAGCCGCCACGACCCAUUUGUGUUUGAUGAUGAACUCACGGAAGACCAAAUCGCCGAUCAAAAGGCGCGUGACAAGCUGCUGAGCAUGGCAGCGCUGGACCCGCUGGACGCCAGUGACGCCGAAGAUAGCUACGUCGACGAGAAUAUCCUUGCACUCCGUGAAGAGUACGCCACUAACAAAGUUGAUCUGCUCAUUGAUUUCGGCAAUAUCUACUCCACCCACCGUGUUGACGGCCCUGUGGAGGUGAUGGUAGUGCACCGCGACCAGCUUGACCAGGUAUUCUCGAAGUUUGACGCCACCGGUCCUCACCGUCGUCGUCUUGGUAACCUCAAAUACGUCCAACAGUUACUGGACUUUAAUCUGGUAAAGAUGACGGUGCGCAAGUUCGAUGCUACGGUGGCGCCCACGGCCUCUGACGCUAAUAAGACACCGCGGAAGAUGCCGUCGUCGCUUAGAUCGAACCGCAGCCGGCUGAACCCUCGCCGGGUGAUGUUUGCCAAUACCAUCUCUGUCAACGAAACCUACAGCGCCGAAGCCUACCCCAGGGUGAACCGUCUGGUGACUCAGUACACGAUCACCAACCCCACCGAGAUUAGCCGCAUCAAGCAAGAGCUCAAUCAAUACAAAUGCGAGGAGAUGUUGGUGCACGAGUUGAGUCAGGAAAACACCCACUUUUUCUAUCCUUAG